CCUCUUAAUAGCACCACAAAUGGCUCGAAUUUGCAAGAGAAUUCGAUGCCACUCGCCGAUUCGCUUAAGGAUGCAUUGAAUCAGCCACCUCCAAUUGCCACUUUUGAUGAAUGGACGAAAGAAAAUAAUGGUGCCAUUUUACCUUCUAAAAUAGAAGGGAAUUCGGCGGAUAAUCAGGUUAUUCAUCAUCAAGAAGCUGCACUUCGUAAUUACGCAUCAUCAGAAUGCGGAGCUAAAGUUUUACUUAGCAAUAAAGAAGUGGAGAAUAAAAAUGCAGUGCUAAAUGAAAAAGCACGCGAUGAUUAUAUGAGAAAUCCUUGUGAGCGCGCACAAAGCAAAUGGUUUAUUAUUGAAUUAUGUGAAACAAUUCAGCCAACGUUCAUCGUGUUGGCUAACUUUGAAUUAUUUUCAUCUGGACCGCGUGAAAUUCGGUUAUCCGCCAGUGAAAGAUAUCCAACAAAUGACUGGAUUAUACUUGCCGAUAUAAUUGCCGAAAAUAGUCGUGAAAUUCAGCAGUUUCCUAUUUCUGCUAACGGGAUAUAUGCAAAAUUCAUUCGUGUGGAACUUCUUAGUCACUAUGGUAAUGAACAUUAUUGUACAUUAAGUAUGAUUCGCUUAUUGGGGAUUUCAAUGGUUGAUGAAUAUGAAGCUGAAGCACAAGCUGCAAUUAGUUUGGAGUCUCCAAUGCCGUCAAUAUCGCAGGUCAAUUUUUUGCUUAUAUUAAUAUAUUACUUUUCUGUCGUGCGUUCUUCGCGUCAGAAUUCAGCAGUUUCUCAGAUUUGGAUUUUUUUAGAGAAAGAAAAGAAAUCCAUAUUCGAAAUAAAAUUUCGAAAAAGGUUAUCUAUGGUAUUUGAAUGUGUGUCGUUUUUCAUUUAUUUGGCCGAUAAAUUUCUUUUCGCAGAUAUCAUCAUUUCUAAUUAUUCUGUUUUUGGUGUGGUUUUGAUAUAUUAUUGUUUAGGCCAGACUUUACCAGGUGGAUCACUCAGUCAUAAAGAAUCGAUAUUUUUAAAGCUUAAUAAGCGUAUUGGUAAUCUAGAACUCAAUUUAUCAUUAAGCAAUGAAUAUCUAUCGGAAUUGAGCCGUCGUUAUGUUGAGCAGACAAAUGAUAGUCGAAAGCAAGUCGAAAAACUUAAGGUAAAUCAGCUGAGACGAGAAGUAAGAAAAUUAAGAAAAAUUGUAAGCAUCUUAUCACUUCAAUGCGUUAUUGACAAGAAUUCUGAAAAUGAACGUGGAGUUGCAAAAGCCUCAAAAUCUGUCGAAAAAGAAUCUAUUGAUGAUGAAAUGUCAUACGCACAAAUCGAAACACAUCAUCAUCUUCAUUCUAAUGAUAAUUUGUGGACAGUGAGUUUGAAUCUGAACUAUAAAUUUUAA